AUGACGGACGUUUUAACCCAUACAUUUGUAAACUUAAUGUCACAAAAGGACUCAAAGAAGGAACUCGGGGUGACCUCUCCAGCAUCAACACAAUGUGGUGUCCUAUUAGUUGGAGAACACAAUAUGGGACGCUCCGUGUUGCUUCUAGCGGCUAUUACAGCUGCCUCUCAGAUGGGCAUCAGGGUAGUGUUCUUCACCCAACCUCAAAUCCAAAACCUGCCAUUGUGUUUGCAGAAAUGUGUUCCAGGUUUGAGUCCUGAAAGUCUAAAGAAAAUCAAAUUCUGCUAUCCGAGGACAUUGGAAGAGUUGCUCCAGCAAGUGGCAGGCCUUCAUGAGUCUACCAACACAUUUCCCAUUCCUCCAGCACUGAUCAUCAUCGACAGACUUCAGAACUUUCUUUGUGGACCUGCAGGUGACAACCACAGGGGGCGUCAACCUGGGGAGCAAUCCUGCGUUGCACAACUCUCUGCAUUGUUGUGCGACACAGCAACUUUUCUCACAGGCAUCCUUGAGCAGGUGACCUCCAGCCCAACAAGCUGUCGCAUCAUCGCCUCUUAUCAGCCAAAACCUCAAAGUAGAGAAUCAUCUGUCCCAGAUCAAGUACUUAACACGCUAGAUCGCUAUUUCCAGGUACGAUGUACUCUGGACCAAGACAGAAGCAACAAAGCUGCAGCAAAUGGAUUAAAGGAGGUGUGGCACAUUUAUUUUUCUGGAACUGGAAUCUCCGUUGAACCCUGCACCAAAGAGACCCAGUUAAUGGCAAGUUCAGCCCAAGAGUGGGAGUUGUUCGUGUAUCCUGAUGGUUUAAUGGAGUUUCGCUUAGUUUGA